AUGGUAAAGGACCCGGUGGGAAUGGAGAAAGUGGAUCUGGAGGUUGAGGAUGUCGAUGGCAUGCCCACUGUUCGGUUUCCAGACAGUGUGUUCGAGGAUGCUAAGCCCUUAUGGGAUGAUUUUCUGAUUGGAAAGUUCUUAGAUAAGUCUCCGUCUGUAGGUGGUAUUCAUGCUCUUGUCAACAAGAUUUGGACACUUGGGGAUCCUAAAAUCAAGAUUGAGGUGUUUGUGGUGGAUAACUACACAGUAAGAUUUCGAAUUAAGGAUGUGCGUACUCGCGAGAGGGUUUUGCGACGUGGUAUGUGGAAUCUUUGUGGAGUACCAGUGGUACUUACUAAAUGGAGUCCAAUUGUGGAUACAACACAAGAGGCUCUAACAAAGGUUCCCCUUUGGGUCAUAGUGAAGAAUAUUCCACCAAAGUAUUUCUCAUGGAAGGUGUUAAGUGCAAUUACUAGUCCACUAGGAGUGCCACAGAAGUUGCAUCCUGAUAUAGAGGCAUGUAGAUCUUUUGAGGAGGCAAAGGUUUUUGUAGAGGUCAACUUAACCAAGAAUCUACUGAAACAUAUGUCUUUUAAAUCAUGGAAGGGUGGUGAUACUAUAGUGGAAUUUGUUUAUCCUUGGUUACCUCCAAGAUGCAUUGAUUGUGCAAAAUGGGGUCACUUUAACAAGGAUUUUUUAGCCAAAAAGAAGGAUGAAGAGAUUGUGAAGGCACCAACAGUCGAAGGGAAUCUCAAUAGUUUGAAGGUCGCUGCUUCGAUCAUACCGCAGGUAGUGCAAGAGGUUGGUCAACCGGCUUCUUCCACUGAUUUCUCUAUACCGGAUACAUAA